CAACCCAAAAUGUCAGGGAUUUGAAAGGUUUUCGUGGUUGGAACCUCCAAUUGCUCCAAUUCCCGGAAACCCCGGAAAGUGUUUGGGAAAUUCAUCAUCCUGGGCCCUGCCCUCAAUGGAAUCCUCAGAACUCCUGUGAUUCAUCAGGAAAAUGUUGGUGCACGAAGGCAAAGUGUGCUUGUACAAUUUUCUCCUGGCAGUCGUUGUGAUUUUUGCCAUUGCCAUCCCGGAAUUCCGAUUUAAAUACUCCCUGGACAACUGGCUGGUGAUCUUCUGGAGUCCCCUGCUUCUCUAUGGCAUCCUCAACUUUGUCAUCUACCUCUACUACUCAGCCUCCAGCGAUUACCAGGUCGCCAUCCGGGCAUGCUUCUUGGGCUAUAUUUUCUCAAUGGGAUUGUUCAUUUUCUUCCUGGCCCCUGAGCACAUUCGCGCCUUUGGUCUCUAUGCCGUGAUAAUGGGCACUUUUCACUGGACAGAAUACAUGGGAAUUGCCCUCUCCAAUCCCAAAACUCUCUCCCCGGAUUCCUUCGUACUUAACCAUUCAACCCACUACGUAGUGGCAGCUGCUUCCAGCUGGGUUGAAUUCUUCCUGGAAUCCUAUUUCUUUCCCCAAAUAAAAACCCUGAGGCUUUUCUGGGUCAUAGGGUUCCUCCUCUGCUUCUCGGGGGAUCUGCUCAGGAAAGUUGCCAUGAUCACAGCUCACAGCAAUUUUACGCACAUCGUGCAAUUUGUUCGAGUGGAAGAGCACAAAUUGGUCACAAACGGAGUGUACGGAUGCAUGAGGCAUCCUUCCUACGUCGGUUGGUUCUGGUGGUCAAUUGGCACACAGAUUGUCCUGGUGAAUCCAGUCUGCACGAUUCUCUAUUCCAUUGUCGCUUGGUUGUUCUUCAGGGAUCGUGUCUACGUGGAAGAGAUCACGUUGCUCAAUUUCUUUGGGGAGGAGUACGUUGAGUACCAGAAGAAAGUGGGCACAGGAUUGCCCUUUAUUCAUGGAUACCAUCAGGGAAUGCCGAUUGUUCCGGACUGAGAAGAGGAUUUAGAGAGAUACUGAAGGGGGGAGACUGCAAACAAAAAUGUAAAGUGCUAGUGAAUUUUGUGUUUUCUACUAAUUUUGUGUAUAUAAAAAAGCGCCAUUUAGAGCAGGAGUUUUUUUUUUAAAUUAACAAUAAAAGUCAUAUUUUUUGUGA